AUGGCAAUCGCUGGCGCCCAGCGCAAGCAGGUCCUGAAGGUCUUGAUGAUCUCCCUGCUCCUGGACCUGAUCUCAUUCACAUUCAUCCUACCCCUCUUCCCCUCCCUCCUAGCCUUCUACCGCGCCCAAGAUGACAUCACCUCUUCCGAGUCCCUCCUCACGCGAAUCUUCGUCUACCUAAACGCUUACAAAAACGCCUUCGCCCGCCCCAUUGACUCAAAAUACGACAUCGUCCUCCUAGGCGGCGCGCUCGGCUCCCUCUUCUCUCUGCUGCAAGCCAUCGCCGCCCCGAUUAUAGGUCAUCUCUCCGAUACACACGGCCGGCGCCCCGCCCUGCUCUCCGCCAUGCUGGGCAACAUCCUCAGCGUCGCGCUGUGGGUUUCCGCGACGGAUUUCCGCACCUUCCUCGCUAGCCGUGUUGUGGGUGGUCUUUCGGAGGCGAAUGUUCAGCUGGCUGAUGCGAUUGUUGGCGAUGUUACGGAUGAAAAAGGAAGAAGUGCUAGUAUGGCGCUUAUUGGGGCUUGUUUUAGUGUUGCAUUUACUGUUGGUCCGGUGCUGGGGGCUGCGUUGAGUUCUGUUGAUGUUGUUAAGGAGAAUCCGUUUGUUGUUGCUGCGCUUGUUUCGUUGGGGUUUGUUGUCGUUGAGACGGGGUAUCUUUGGGGGAAGUUGCCGGAGACACAUCCGAGGUUUACUUCUUUGCAGAAGGAGGAGGAGAAUAACGGCGUGGAUGCGAAAGGCAAGGGUGAAGCUAAGGUCAAGGAGGAAAAGCCAGGCGUGCAUACGAACAACCCUUCCAUUCUAAAUGCCCUACACUUCCUCUUCCUCCUCCCUUUCUCCGGCCUGGAAUUUUCCCUCCCUUUCUUGACGGCUACACUCUACGCAGAAACGUCAAGCACAACCUCCAGUCCCGCCGCUCUAAACGGCCGUCUUCUUUCGCUCAUGGGACUCAUCGCCUCCCUGCUACAGGGAACAGUCGUCCGCCGGCUUCCGCCGCUCAUCACCAUCCGCAUCGGCGUCGUAGCCUGCGCAAUUUCAUUCUUCCUCCUCGCGCAUGUCGAGUCUGUGUCAGGUCUUUAUGCCGCAGGCGGCUUGCUGGCCGUGACUAGCGCGACUGUCGUGACGGGGUUGAAGAGCCUGGGCAGUUUUGAGGCGCGCGAUGCGGAUCGUGGUGCUGUUAUGGGGAGAUUGCGUGGUUGGGGACAGGCGGGCAGGGCGACGGGGCCGAUUCUGUUUUGUUCGCUUUUUUGGUGGGCUGGGAAAGAGGCCGCGUAUAGUGUUGGUGGUGGUGCGAUGUGUGUGGUUGCCCUGGGUGCUUUUGCGCUUUUGAGGGCACCGAUUGUACAUGCUAAGACGGAGUAG